CGCGUUCACGAUCUGUUCGGAUCUACAACAGUGUGAAGUUGAACACGCAUGGAUUUUGACUACGGUUGUUGAUUUCCACGAGGGGGCUGAGCGCAUGUGAAUAACGCUUCUUCGUUUUCAUACUGCUGGUUUAUGGAAGCCUUGAAGUGGCACAGCUCGUUGUUCCAUCUCAUUCUACUGCAUGUGUAGACCGGGCCUUGCUGUAUUUAUGACUGGAGCGCAAAAGACUUAAGACUGGCAGGAUGUUUCCAUGGCAAUGAGCAGGCCCAAGAUUCUCACACUCCACCUUUUAUCCUUUCUUCUGUUCCGUCUGAAGAAUAAUGCCUUGAAAAACAGACAAUGGCUAUUGUACAUUGUCAGCCAGCAGGAUGGCUACUGGAUCAUCUCUUCUUCAUAAACCAAUCUGGCUACCAGUUGUGCCGUGCCCAUGAAGAUCUUGUGGGAGCCUUUUCUGAUGUGCCUUCUGCUGCUGCUUCCUCAGAUAAGGAUCCUAUUGUGGCUGCUACCUCAGUUACUUCAACCUCUUGCAGAAAAGGGUCUGUUUCUGAGCCUGGAGCUGCAGAGAAGAAAUCACGUGAAAUGCUGAAGAAGACACACUUGUUCAGGGAAGAAUUUUUUAAUGUGUUUAAGCCCCACAUAGCUGCAGACUUUCAAAAGGAACUUCAGCAGGGGAGCUCUGAGGCUGGUCUAGAAGAAAAAGGAUCAGAACAGCAGGAAGGGGCCAAGAGUGGCGAGUCUCAUUCUGAAGCUGCUAAAAAGAAACGAAAAAGAAGAAGCAGUGUGUUAAAUUACGGUGAACGUGAUGCAUUAGAAUAUCAUUUAAAGAUAAGGAAGGUGAUUUCAGAGGGUACCAGAAGUUUAGUCCAGGAGGGGCUCAAAAGUGGCUUUCUCCAGGCCAGUUCUACAAAACCAAUCUAUUCCAGGACUCUUGAUACGAGACACAGUGAUUUCAGCUUGGCUGAAUUAUGUGAGAUGGCAAAACAGUAUGUGUUUGUGAAUGAAACAGAACAAAGAGCUGUAUGCAAGAUAAAUGAAGAUGCCUCUGUGCCAGAACAGAUUCAGCUUUCCUGUGUUACAGAAAACGUCUCAAAUGAUACAAAGUUAAUAACAUUAAUGGGACAUAAAUAUUUAUUUCCACCCAAAAGCAGUUUUCUUUUAUCUGAUAUUUCUUGUAUGCAGCCACUUUUGAAUUAUAAUAAAAAAUUUGAUGUAAUUGUGAUAGAUCCACCAUGGGAGAACAAGUCUGUUAAAAGAAGUAAUCGGUAUAGCUACUUGCCACCAUGGCAAAUCAAGCAAAUUCCCGUGCCAGCCCUGGCAGCCCCAGAGUGCCUUGUGGUCACAUGGGUGACUAACAGACAGAAGCAUCUCCAUUUUGUAAAGGAUGAACUUUAUCCCCACUGGGCUGUGCAUGGAGUAGUAGAGUGGUAUUGGGUGAAGAUUACAAGGUCUGGAGAGUUUGUGUUUCCAUUGGAGUCUUCUCACAAGAAGCCUUAUGAAAUUCUUGUAUUGGGCAGAAUCCAAGGAAGUACAGAUAUGCCAUUAAGAUCGGGAGAUGAAGCACUUCCAAUUCCAGACCAUAAAUUAAUUGUGAGUGUCCCUUCUACUCUUCAUUCACAUAAGCCUCCUCUUACAGAGAUUCUGAAAGAAUAUACCAGACCAGAUGUGGAGUGUUUGGAGCUAUUUGCUCGGAAUUUGCAGCCUGGAUGGACCAGUUGGGGCAAUGAAGUUAUCAAAUUUCAGCAUAUGGAUUACUUCACUGAAGAGCAAUAUAAAAAGUGACCGGAGUCGGGUGGCUCUGGUGGCAGACUGAUCAUGGUUUUGCAAUCAACCUGUGAAAUUGGAGUUUGGACUACUAUAAACAUCCAGUCCUCAAAGGAUUGUGCAUGUCUGUUCGAGUUGGGCUCUAGGGAUUUCUGUGAAUUAGAAACUAUCACACAUAGAUCUCCGUGCAAAGUAAUUACAAUGUGCAUAUACCUAAGUGGAAGAAGAGAGAGGGUAGAUACAUAUGAGCUAUCAGAGCAUGUCCAGUACCAUGUAUUGCCCAACAGGUAUGCAUUUCUCAUGUUGUAGAAUACUAAUUAUACCCUAGUACAACAGUGUUGCACAAUAUAUGAAGAACGUUUUUUCCAUUUUGUAGCUGAAUGUGGUUUUUCAUUUGGAAACAAAGGCUUUAUACAUUAUUAUUGUUUCUAAGGCACCUGUUCUUGCUAGUGACUUUUUAAGGUUUUAAAAGUUAAAAGAAAGUCUGUCCAGCUAAAAUUAACUAUGGCCUUGUCACACUGAAUGCAAUAGGAGUAAUUGUGAUUGGCUUGUUCCAUUUGCUUCACUGGGAGUUAACUGGGACCACUUUUGCUGGAUUUGGACAUUCUGUUAUUUUAACAUUUUUAUCUCCCUGAUACUUAGAGGACUUAAAUUUCAUUGAGUAAAUAUUCUUCUGUAUGUUUGCUUAAAAAGAUGUUCUGCAAUGAAUAUGAGAAUAAUUAAUGUAUUAGGACGAUGAACACAUAUGUUCUCUUGCUUUAAGGUUUGAAAAAAGUCACACGAAUAACAAUUACCAUAUGUUGGUAUGCAAGAUUUUAUCAAAAGGGAUGUCUUGAGAGAGGAAAUCACUG